UUCCUCUGCUUAUGUUGUGGUUGACACACGAUGAGAGCUCUUUCUGGUGACAUUACAGACAGGCUCGAGGUUAACACAACCCAUUGUUGAAUUCUUGAAGGGUUAUAGCAUUUCUAGGUAACUCCAAACAGAAUAACGGUUCCAGCCGGCUUCUGAUCAGCAUCAGUCAGUCAUCAAACUCAGAAAACACAGCUUCAGGUUUGACAGGAUGCUCUUCCACCAAACACUGAGGUGAUGUUCUUUUAUCAAACUGCCCGAAGACACAAUGAGUAAUAAUUCCACCUCGUGUUCAGGUCGGCCCCCGGACCUACUUGUCUCCGUCCUCAUAGGGGCCCUGACCUUCACCGUCGUGGUGGUCACACUGCUGGGGGUCGUAUGUCUCAGAAAAUAUCGUUCUUUGGUCCAGACCAUUCGGCAGCUGAAGGGUAGCAGGUUGUUGCUGGAUGCUGUUCCUCGGCUGGAAGCUCACAUCGUGCCUGGGAGGCCGGUGCCAGCGAUGGUGAGGGAGGAGGAGGAAGAGGAGGACCUUCCUCCCCAGAUUCCCCUGCAGCAGAUGAGCACAGUCAGGUCCCCCCCCCGGAGGCUGUGGAAAGGCCUGCAGCAGGGUCCUCAUGUUACCAAGUCAGACCUGAACCUGCUGCAGCUGAUCAAAGCAGGGAAGGAGGGCGUCUUCUACCAGGCCAGGAUGACCAGAGGGACGUGUAAAGGCCACAGCAUGUUCACCUGCAAGAUCAGCAAGGAAGGUGUCCGUCCUAAGCAUGUGGACACAGAGGUUUCCAUCAUGAGGAAGCUGGUGCACCACAAGAACAUCCUCCAGUUGCUGGACUGGAACACCACUGAAGAGCCUUACAUUCUCAUCAUGGAACACGUGAGCUCCGGCACUCUGAGGAGCUUCCUGCAGGCCAACAGAGCCCACCUGAGUACAGACCCUGAGCUGCAGAGCCUCCUCACCAUCGCCUCCUACCACAUUGCUCUGGCCUUGCAGCACCUGCGCUGCAAAAUGAUUGUGCACUGUGACUUAGCUCUGAGGAACAUCAUGGUCAAUAAGUUCCCCUGGGAGGUGAAAGUAGCGGAGUUUGGCCUGGCCCGAGACUUAACACGCAUGACGAGCCGCCGCAGCAGCCGCUGGAGAAACCCACGGCAGCGUGUGCCGCUGCGCUGGUACCCACCCGAGUACUUCAAGAACAACUAUUACAGCUUUAAGGGAGACGUGUGGGCAUUUGGCGUCGUGCUGUGGGAGAUGCAGACAUUUGGUACACUGCCGUACCCACACCUUGAGACAUCAGAGGCAGUGGUGUACCACAUCUGUAUUGGUCAUAAGAACACAAACCCUGAAGGCUGCAGACCAGAGAUACUUCAUAUCAUGCGAGACUGUUGGCUGGAGCCGUACACUCUGAGACCCUCAUUCACAGACAUUGUCCGCAUGCUGGAGAACAUCAUGGAAAACGAUGCGGAUUAUGUGGAUGUUGAGAGUCCUCAGCAUUUGGUGAAAGAUGAGGAUGGUCAAUAUCAUGAAGCUAAAUGUCUACAGGCAGCCAGCGUCACCUUGGAAGAUACAAAUCACAUCUAAAUACCAAGGCAAGCGAUAGGGCAGAACGGUUUAAAACAAUAAUCUGCAUGUCUAUGGGUCCUGUGUGUGUGUGUGUGUGUGUGUGUGUGUGUGCGUGUGUGUGUGUGUGUGUGUGUGUUUGUGUGUGUGUGUGUGUGUGUGUGCAAAAUUACAAGGAGUGAAAAAAUCUAAUUCCUCCCUGGGGAUCAAUAAAGUAGUUCUUCUUUUUAUAUAUUUUUUUAUCUUAAAUUUAUCUGCUUGCCUUUCAAGUGCUGUCUGAAAUAUAGCAGCUGCAAGAUGAUCUCACAUAAACAACUCAACAGAGAGCAGGGUAAACAUAAUGUAUAUGUUCUUGUUUAGCACUGUAAAAUAUUUGUCAUGUUUUAUGUUUUUUGUUUCUACUUUAACUUUGUUAUCCAUCCUAUUGAUAACUCAAUGAAAAUGAAAAUUUUCUACGUUAUGUGUACGGAGGACAGAACCUACCAAAAUAAAAAAAUAUAUAUAAAUAAAUGACUUGAUAAAUAAAUAAAUAUGCCAUUAAAUGAAUUCAGCAUAAUAUAAAAAAUAAAUUUAUAUAUAAAUAAAUAAUAAAUAAUACGUAGGCUCAUAUAUUUUGUGGCUGGCUUUAAUCCUGACGUUCAAAAGGCCUUGAAAGUCCUCCAAGCUUCAUGAAUCAGAAAGAACUGAAUUUGCUGAAAUACGUUUGUAUGUUUUGCGGGUGUCUACAGUCCUUUUUAUCACAAAUAAUGUAAUAAAAAUAAAUAAAAUCA